CCAACUGCGUCAUCGACACUUGUUUACACUUUUGCCAAGACGCGGAGAGCUUGAAUCAUCACAUCAUACCGAAAAAUACGAAAAUAAAAUGCUCAAAUGAAAUGCACAAAAUACCAAAAUUUAAAUGAGAACUUUCAGAUACGUUAAGUUGCAAAGAAAUGUCCAGUGAAGAUGACCUACAACUCCUUGACCAGCAGUUGGAUUCUCGCCUUCAGCGUCUCCAAGGCUUAUGGAUAUCAUCCAGCAGUGAUCAUGUAGAGUCGUAUAAAGUUGCAACCCAGCAAAGAGUUUCCCAAGCAUCACAUAGAGAACCAAAAGACUGCCUUAGCAAAACCAGUGAGACUAUUACUUGUCAAAAUUCUCACCAAAAAUAUACUGUAGGAGAGACAGUGAAUCAAGGAGAUGCUGUCAUUAAGACAACUGCUCCUUUUUUACAUGGAGAUCAAAAGACUUGCACUGAAAAUGCAGAAUAUCUCUAUUGGGAUACAAAAGCAACUCAACAGGAGUAUCAGCCAUCAGUUUAUAGAGGGAGUGAUAAAACUUGUACCACAGAACAACAGAACAAAACUGGAAUAGAAAAGAGACAACUCUCCACACGUGUUGCAGAAAACUCUAAUGAGCAAGUAAUUGAGGAAAAACAGGAAGCCACAGAUGAUCAUCUUGAAGAGGCAGAAGAUGCCAUAUUCGAUGAGUUUUUAGACCAGUCAACAAGAUACAGGAUAAGCUCAUUGUGUAAGAAAGUGACCCAUCUCAAUGGAACCAUCAGUGUGCUACAGGAAGAGUGUAAAAGACUGUUGAAUGCCAAGAAGGAGGCCUGCACUAGAGCCCACACUUCUGAGACAGAGAGGAGGACCCUGAACAAACAAGUGCUUCUUCUGCAGCAGCAGACCACCAAACUCCAAAAAUCUAAUAAGCAGCUUCAAGAUCGUGUACAGGAGCUGAAUAUUGAGUGCCAAGGAUUGCGGAAGGAACUUUCAAGUCAUCAGCAUAGUGAGAAUGAGCAUCGCAGCAGCCAGUCAUCUUUCCAAGCCCAGCUUACACGAGCUCAUUCAGAAAAUGCUUCCUUGCGUGAGCAGAUAUCUGCACUGAAAAAUAGGCACAAGGAAGAAUUAGAACAGCUCAGAACAGCAUUAGGAAGUAGCAAUAGCAAAGUAAAAGAGUUGGAGAGACAGCAGAGGAACAUGAAUGCUUUAGUUAAGAAGCAAGACAAGCUUAUUGGAGUUCUUAAUGAGCAGAAAAACAAUUUAGCAGCAGCCAAAGCAGCAGCAGGGCUAGAGGAGAAAUUUUUAAACAUCAUCACACCACUACAACCUCAAUAGAUUUUACAUUGUAAUAUACCUAUAUGAAAAAAAGGGACAUUGAAGAAUUUGUUCAUAGUGCCUUUGUCAUCUGUAGAAUCUUCUCUUACUCUAUUUUCCUAGAAUGAGAACAGCUGAGACAGACUGAAUAAGCUAGGGUUUCAUUACUACUUUCUUCUCUUUCUCGAAAGUAAACUAAAUAGCAAUCUCCACUUUUUUUUCUUUUUUCUUUUUUUUACUAUAUCUCAAAGCAAAACAAGGAUUUUACUUGUUAACUUAAUAUAAUUUUAUAUAUAUCUUACCUUCAUGCCUAUCUUUGUAGCCUUUCACUGGCUGUAAGAUCUACAUUAAAUCCAAAUAUGAUAGUAUAUCCGUGUGGAAAAAAGAUCAUGAGAACUGCACUUCGAUAUUUUGAGGGGGCCAUUGCAGUGUAAGAUAUAUUGCCAAUCACAAGUUUAAAGACAAUGUAGUACUUAUUGCAAGUUGCAUGGAAGAAUUGUAAAAGUUACUAGAUAUAGUAAAAACUGCAAGUAAAGAUCACGUACUUUACUUUCAUGUUGAAAAUUGUAUGGAGCAGUAUGAACAAAAAGGUUA